GGUAAGAAUUAGAUCCAAUAGGAGGAACCACCAGAAAGAGGAAAUGAAACAUAAGGAGAUAAUGGCAUUUUCAAAUGAUUGGUUCUGUCCAUUGAACUUUAAAGAGUUUUCUGUUAGCCUGGAGAAGUAGGAUAUGUGUGUACAUGUGUCUCUCUAUACAUGUUUUAUUGUUUGUUUCUUGCAGAAGGAGAGAUUAGACCUCAAAUGAAAGAGACCACUGCAAAGCUAAGCAUUUCUAUGAAAGAAACUCAAAAGGAAAACCCCACGAAGGAUGGUGCCUGUGACUUCACUGGGAGACAAAUCUGUGCUGUAUUUGAGAGAAUCCACAUAGGAGAGAAACCUUAUGAUUGUCAUCAUUGUGGGAAAGACUUGAGUCAACAGUCAUCCCUUAUUUGCCAUCAAGAAAUUCAUACUCGAGAGAAACCACAUGAGUGUCAUGAAUGUGGCAAAGCUUUUGGUGAACACUCCUCCUUCAUUAUGUGUCAGAGAAUUCAUAGUGACAGGAAACCUUAUGAAUGUGAUCAAUGUGGAAAGACUUUCACACAGAGCUCCCGUCUAGCUAAACAUCAGAGAAUCCACACUGGUGAGAAACCUUAUGAAUGUAAUCGAUGUGGAAGGGCUUUCAGGUGCAAAAGCUAUCUUAGUCUACAUCAGAGAAUUCACACUGGAGAGAAGCCUUAUGAAUGUAAUCAAUGUGGAAAGGCUUUCAGUUGCAGAUCUAAUCUUGUUGUACAUAAGAGAAACCACACUGGAGAGAAACCUUAUGAAUGUGAACAAUGUGGAAAGGCUUUUAGUGGCAGAUCUAAACUUGUUGUACAUAAGAGAAUCCACACUGGAGAGAAACCUUAUGAAUGUGAUCAAUGUGGAAAGGCUUUCACAAGGAGGUGCCAUCUAGUUAAACAUCAGAGAAUCCACACUGGAGAGAAGCCUUAUGAAUGUAAUCAGUGUGGAAAGGCAUUCAGAUACCUCUCCAGUCUUGCUAAACAUAAGAGAAUCCACACUGGAGAGAAGCCUUAUGAAUGUAAUCAAUGUGGAAAGGCUUUCAGUCGCAGAUCUAUUCUUGUUGCACAUAAGAGAAUCCACACUGGAGAGAAGCCUUAUGAAUGUAAUCAAUGUGGAAAGGCUUUCAGUUGCAGAUCUAUUCUUGUUGUACAUAGGAGAAUCCACGUAAGACAAAAACAUUAUGAAUGUAAUCAAUGUGGAAAGGCUUUCAGUUGCAGCUCCAGUCUUGCUAAACAUCAGAGAAUCCACACUGGAGAGAAGCCUUAUACAUGUGCUCAAUGUGGAAAGCCUUAUAAAUGUGCUCAAUGUGGAAAGGCUUUUAGAAGAAACUCUAAUCUUGUUGUACAUCAGAGAGUCCACACUGGAGAGAAACCUUAUGAAUGUAAUCAAUGUGGAAAGGCUUUCAGUUGCAGAUCUAAUCUUGUUGUACAUAAGAGAAGCCACACUGGAGAGAAGCCUUAUGAAUGUAAUCAAUGUGGAAAGGCUUUCAGAUGCAGCUCCAGUCUUGCUGACCACCACAGAAGUCACACUGGAGAGAAGCCUUAUGAAUGUGAUCAAUGUGGAAAGGCUUUCAGUUGCAGCUCCAGUCUUGCUAAACAUCAGAGAAUCCACACUGGAGAGAAGCCUUAUGGAUGUAAUCAAUGUGGAAAGGCUUUCAGUUGCAGCUCCAGUCUUGCUACACAUCAGAGAAUCCACACUGGAGAGAAGCCUUAUGGAUGUAAUCAAUGUGGAAAGGCUUUCAGUUACAGCUCCAGUCUUGCUACACAUCAGAGAAUCCACACUGGAGAGAAACCUUAUGCAUGUGAUCAAUGUGGAAAGGCUUUCAGAUGGAGCUCCAGUCUUGCUGAACAUCAGAGAAUCCACACUGUGGAGAAACCUCACGAAUGUGAUCAGUGUCAAAAGACUUUCAGAUAUCACUCUGAUCUUACUUUUCAUCAGAGAAGCCACACUGGAGAGAAACCUUAUGGGUGUUGAGAAUGUGGCAAAGCUUUUAAUGUAAACCCUUUCCUCACUAAACAUCAAAGAAUCCAGACUAGAGGACAAAUCUCAUUAACAUAAUCAAUAUUGAAAAUCAUUCAGGCUAAUGUCAUCCCUGAUUUCCCAUCAGAGGAUUCACAGGAGAUGGAAAUCAUAUCCCUGUAAUGAAGGUGGAAGGGCAUACAAAUGGAGUAGAGCGCUUGUCAAAUAUCAGAAAAUUCAUCUGGGAAACAAGUUCUUUAUGGAAUCAGUGUCAGGAGGCCUUCAGCCUGAGAUCAUCUCUUCUUUUCCAUUAAGGAUUCACAGUGGAGAGAAAACUUAUGAAUGUACUCAGUGAGGUCCUGCCUUUCCCCAGAAGAUGAAGGUCACUAGACACCACAAUAUUCACACUGGAAAUAAGCUUUAUAAAAGAAAAAAUUGUGGAAAGACCUUCAACUGGAUCUCACACUUGUGUGUACAUUGCAGAAAUGUUGCUGGAGAUAAAACCUAUGUAUCUAAUUAACAAAGGGAGGCCUCCCCCUGCAGCACAGACCUCAUUAGACAUCACAACUUUCAUAUCGUGCAUAAAGCCCUGAAAAUGCAUUCAAUUUUUCUCUAAAAUCUUCAAGUUUCCCAUGAUUCCCCUAAAAUAUUCUAUGGCAUUCUUUGAUCAUUCCUCA